AUGGCGCGUUUUGUUCGUAGUUCAUCCAUAAAUCAGUCACCGACACAUAUUCAUUCGAUGUCCUCGGUGGAUGGACUCAGUAGGCGAAUUACACGCUCCCUCUCAACUACAUCAUCAGUAGUCAAUCGAGAUCUCGAGGAACUGAAGCAAGAGGCUAAGCAGGCGGACGUGAAGGAAUCAGGCUUAUUGGAUAUCAUACGAUUUGCUCGACAGGAAUGGUUGCUGCUAUUCUUUGCAUUACUUGCCGCGUUGCUUAGGGGAUUCGCGUUCCCCAUAUUUUCGAUCAUCUAUGGUGGAAUGUUUCGGACGUUAGCAAAACCGACAGCUGAGAUGAGGCUUGAUGGCGCUAAAAGAAAUGCAAUAUACUUCACCAUACUUGGUAUUGGUAGCGGUUUAGCGACGUUUUUUUCCGGUUUUCUAUUAAGCACCGCAGGCGAAUCGUUCACAAAACGAUUACGUGUCGCAGUUUUUGCUAGCAUUGUUCAACAGGAUGGAGAGUACUUCGAUUCGCUAGAGCAUGCAUCUGGUAAAUUGAUCACUCGGUUAGCUACUGAUGCGCCAAAUGUACGCGCAGCUAUCGAUCAAAGGCUGGCUGAUGUGAUUCAGGCAUUCACAGCCAUAUUGGCCGGCAUCGGUAUUGCUUUUUACUACGGCCCCAAGAUGGCACCGGUCGGCAUUCUAACUGCAAUGAUACUGAUGCUACUGCAGACUAUCGUGGCGCAGUACCUUAAAAGACGCUCUGUAAAGGACGAUAAGUUAACUCAUGAACCAUACAGAGUAAGCACUAUCGAACAGCAUAAAACAGUGCAAUAUCUCACACGUGAGCAGUACUUCUACGAUGCAUUCAAUCGGCAAAUGCGUAAGCCUCAUCGAAAAGCCCUCCAACGUGGCGUCGUCCAGGGAUUCUCGUUUGCGCUCCACGCCUGCUUUAUCUUCUACAAUUUUGCUGCCGCAUAUCGUUAUGGCUUAUGGCUUAUCAAAACCGGAAAUUCCGAUCCAUAUCAAGUUUUCCAGGUUGUCGAAGCGCUAAAUGUAGCAUCGAUGAGUUUGCUGGCAUUCGGGAUGUACUUUCCAGAAUAUGUUCGAGCCCGAUUGAGCGCCAGUUUGAUUUUUAAAAUGCUGGAUGAAAAACCGAAGAUUGACAGCUUGUCAGACAAAGGAAUGAAAUUGAAACUAGAAGGCAACGUCAGCAUGGUCGAUGUGCUUUUCGCAUAUCCGGUAAAUCAGAAACGACUAAUAUUAAAAGGAUUCAAUAUCAAAGCCUUGAGAGGGAAAACGAUGCACAACAACUUGGACACUCGUCAAAUAAACCUGCCAAAUUUGCGAAGCCAAAUGGCGUUGGUAAGCCAGGAGCCAAUUCUGUUCAAUUAUUCGGUGCGAGAAAAUAUCGCCUACGGUCUGAGUAACGUAUCGCAACAACGGAUCGAAGAAGCAGCGAAGCUUGCGAAUGCUCAUACAUUCAUCAUGGAAAUGAGCGAAGGUUAUGAUACGGUUGUUGGCGAAAAGGGUGGUCGAUUGUCCGGUGGUCAGAAACAACGUAUAGCAAUCGCUCGUGCUAUUGUUCGUAAUCCCAUUGUGUUACUAUUGGACGAAGCUACCAGUGCUCUGGAUUCCGAAAGCGAAAAGGCAUAUUUCGCUAGUCUGAAUUAUGUUGUGUUGUGA